UUUGAAUUAGAUUCGUUACAACGAAAUCCGCGGUUGGCGGGGCACAUCAAAUCUUACCCAACUUUUCUCAAAAUGGCUUCCGAACCAAACUCAAAGCCCAUCAACUCGAUAAUUAUCGACACUGGACCUCUUAUCAACAACACUGUCUCAAUCUCCACCAUCAUAGGCUCAGCAGAGCAUCUGUACACGACCCCUGCCAUCAUCUCUGAGAUCCGAGAUGCUGCCACCAGGUCACGAGUUGAGACCACUCUUUUGCCGUUCCUUAACAUCAAGACACCCACACCUGCGAGCUAUGAAGCUGUCUCAGCGUUCGCUAGACGAACAGGAGAUUUUUCAGUUCUGAGUAAGCAAGAUUUAGGCAUCUUAGCAUUGGCAUAUGAAAUUCAUUGCGAGAAAUACGGCGGCACUUGGGGCUUGAGGGACGAGCCAGGAAAAGAGUUGAACAAGAAGCCGGGCGACGAGGAUGAGGAGGACGAUGGAGGUUGGGAGAAAGCUGGGGGUCGAAGGAGGGGUGGUAGAAACAAGAAACCGGCGCGCAAGCCCAAACAGAAAGUUUUCGAGGUGACCGAGUUCGAGGAUGACGAUCCUAAGCCACCAAGGCCACUUGAGGGUGAGGAUACCACGACAUCGGAUGAAGUGUCAUCUAGCACAGUAAAGCCUAAUCCAACUGAGGAUUUGCUCAACUUGGAGUCGACGCCUGCCAGCAAUAUAGUAGAGAAAGAGUUAACCCCCAAGGACACUAAGAUCGAAGAACAGCCCGUUGAAUCUGAGAUCGUUCUCCCGACAUCUGGAAAUUCGCAGACAGAGACUACAGCAGAUAUUGCGGACUCCUCCACUGUAGUUCCUGCUACACAGGACGGCCCGUCUUCAAACGAGAGGUCCGAACAAGAGAAAUCAAAAGAGGAGCCCUCUACUAAGUCGACUGAAGACGCUCCAUCUCUCGAAAAAACCGAGCAAGACAUGUCUACCCUGCACAACUCUCCACCCGUCGAUUCCGCAGCACCGUCAAUCGACUCAGACGAUUCCGAUGGUGACUGGAUAACUCCCUCGAACCUGCACCAGCACCAAGCCAAAGACUCAGGCAACGCCCCUAUUUCUGCCGCUACAAAGCAAAUGCGCGUCGCAACAAUGACAACCGAUUACGCCAUGCAAAACGUGCUUCUGCAGAUGAACCUCCGCCUCCUUUCCCCUGCCAUGCAGCGCGUUCGCCAAAUCCGCUCUACCAUCAUGCGCUGCCACGCCUGCUUCCUUACCACGCGCGAAAUGGAUAAGCAGUUCUGUCCGCGCUGCGGUGGUCCUACUCUCCAGCGUGUCACAUGCUCGACUGAUGCCAAAGGUGUCUUCCGGAUUCAUCUCGCUAAGAAUUACCAGUGGAAUAAGAGGGGCAAUGUGUUUAGCGUCCCUAAGCCAAUUGCUGGUACUGCGAAUGGCAAGCUCAGGGGAACUGGCGGUGGUCAAGGUGGCUGGGGGCGAGACCUAGUGUUGGCGGAGGAUCAGAAGGAGUAUACAAGGCAGAUUGAUGAAGGAAAGAGGAGCAAGGCGAGAGAUUUGAUGGACGAGGAUUACCUUCCCGGAAUCUUAACCGGAGAUAGAGGGAAGGCAGGGGGUCGUCCCAAGGUUGGUGCGGGGAGGAACGUUAACUCGAGGAAGAGAUUCUAG